ACUCAAUAUACUGAUCCGAGUUACUUGAGUCCUGUGAAUCACUUGAGUCAGUAUCACCAAGAACCUACUGGUGAAACCCAUCUCCAAAUUCCUCUCGAGUCAUGCAAAUCCGAGUCCGCGCAAUUCAGGGUGCAGGCAGUAUCUCCAUCACUGUACACAUAACAAGCGGCGUUUUACUUCCAACUGAAGAUUGGACAGAGCCCAGUACUACAGAGUGUUUGCUUCCAACAUAACACCAAAAUAUAUUAGCUACACAUUAGAUUGCUAUGUGGUGUCAUGUCUUUGGGAUGAAUAAAGUUUAUAGGGGCAUUAAAUAAACGUAAUGUCAUGCAACAUUACUGCUGACAACCCAUGUAAAUUUAAACUUUUAAUUGUGCCACUUGUUGCCCUUAAAACCUACCCCACUCAUUCUAAGUAGUUGUUUGCAAAAAACUGUUGCAACAAAUAGCAUAAAUUACAUGGACUAGCAAUGGUUGCUACCUUAUUUGUCAUCAAGGGACUCAGGGAUCCAAGGGAGUCGGAUUAGAAAAACUUCCUGCAUGGCCGUAACCAUUGCUGACCCGGAUCAGUUGCAUCAGGCUCACCCCUGUGAGCGUGUGAGGCUCACCCGUGUGAGUGCAUGGGACUCACAGCGCCAAACAGACCCUCACCCACAGGCCUCGUGACUGUAAUGUAAGCUGCUGGACUCCUGAGUCACAAGUUCAUUCACUCUUGAUGAAAGCUGUCACUUUCCCGGUCCUAACUGUUGCUAAUUUCCACAAUACAUAUCCUAUAAAAGUAGCCUUGCUGCCUUUGCCCUCAUCUAAAAAUAUGUCCUCCUGGGACUAAAGGAAAUCGAUUUAACAUUAGCUCACGUGGACUUAGUUGUUCAAAAUAAUCUAUUCAGUUGGGCCAACUGGCAAACAAGCAGAGAACCUAAAGUGUUAGGACCUACUUCAACCAAAAAAAUACUGAAAAUAAGGUAGCAUGCAGUAUUUGCAGAACUGUCUAUUCUCUCUUCGCAGUUGUUGUACAUGUGUAUUCUCAAGUUCUAACCUGGUGUGCAGUGGAGAUAUUUUGUACACUUUAGCACACAAUAGGAACACAUAUCAAAUAUGUAUUGUGUUUCCUGCAUUUGAUGGAGGGUACAAGUGAGUGAGAACACAGUCUGUGUUUUAAGAAGGCAGUUAUGCAGUGCAAGGAACAGUUAGAAAAUCUGUUUGUUUUUUUCAUGGCAAGAAGGUUCCAGUUUACAGUCCCCCGGUCUGGACCCUUCUAUGUAGGGUUUGUAUGUUCUUUGUGUCCCUGCGUGGGUUUUCUCCGUGUACUCCAGUUUCCCCCCACUGUCCCAGAAAGAUGCACAUUAGGUUAAUUAGCUACUCUACAUUGCCCUGUGGCAUGAGUGAGAUGAGGUUGUUGUUGUUAUUGUUGUUGUUAUUAUGGAGGGGUGUAAGAGAAUAAUUGUUCAUAUUUCAGCAUGUAGACUGAACUUAUUGCCCUUCAAAUAUAACCCCAGCAGGCAAGCGAUCUCGCGAGAUUUCAUGAACCUCUUAUCUGUUUACCUUGUUACCUCCUGCCUCACCACUGCAGGAGGGUGUGCCACUGGUUAUAAGUCGCAUUUCUUGUUAUUCACACAUUGCUGACCUCUGGAAACCUAAAAUAUCAAGCAGAGAUGGACAUUCUGAGUGUGUUGCCAUCCAACUUUGGAUAUGUCAUAUUUACUUACCUCUACAGCUGGAUAAUGAUGAUGUAUCUAUCGCUCAAAGUCACGUACGCCAGGAAGAAGUAUGAUGUUAAGUUUCCCACUAUGUACAGUGACAAGGAACACAUAUUCAAUUGUAUUCAGAGAGCACAUCAGAACACUGUAGAGGUGUACGCUCUGUGGCUUGUUUUCCACACUAUUGCUGCUCUUGUCUACCCGUUAUCGGCAUCUGUGCUCGGGGUUAUUUGGGUGACCAGCAGGUUUUCGUAUGCAUGGGGCUACUACACAGGAGAUCCAGCCAAGAGGAUGAAUGGUGGCUAUGGCAACAUUGGCCACUAUGGUGCCAUCAUUCUGUCCAUAGCUGUAGCCUUGCAGUUGAUUGGAGUCUUUUAAAACAAUUAUCAUCUUCUUUACAGAUUUUACCGGCUUACGUGUGAUUUUCAAAUGUAUCAGCUCUAAAGUACCUGUAAACAUCUUUAAAUGCUAAUUUCAAAUUGUGUUGCUAAUCAUAUUUUUAUUUAAGUGUUUUUAAAAAUGUGAUACCUUUAUAUUCCCAUAUUUGCUGUGAUUGUAUGUUCCUUGUAAUAAUUGUCAAUAAAGUCAGUGCUAACUGAUGCUACAGCUCCAGAAAUGUUCUCAGCAGUAUUCUCUUCACAGUAGGCAUUAAAAUUUGCAAACAAUGAAAGGGUCAGCUGUAGGCAUGAAGGCCCAUGUGACUCACGCAUGAUGUCUCAGACACAAAUCUCACAUCAGCUUCAGCUUGGUUGAAUGGAAAAUAGACUCAAGAAGAUGCAUUAGUCAUUUUAAUAAACACAGAGAGAUCUCA